UAAUUGGUAGUUUGCAUUCGAGAGUCGAGCCGUGCUGUUGUCUACAGUUCUUGUCGCGAGCCAACGAUCUCGCGGGCAUUUCAACUGAUCCUUAACAUAAUAUCCUUUUAGGCAUAACAAAUCGAAAAUGCGUUCAAUAAUCCUCGUCAUAUUUUGCUUGUGCGUCUGCGCUGCCAUUUGGCCAGCAAAUGCGCUCAAGUGCUACCAAUGCAUCGGAUCCGAGUGCGAGGAACUGGAUGAUUCGAAGGUAGUUAGUUGCAAUUUGGAUGAGACUACAUCCACGUUAACGACGGAUGAUACAACGGAAGAUACAACGACUGAGAGUUUGCCGGACACGCCGACGAGUACGUCGGAUAGUUCGACGGGAGGAUCCACAACGUCGCCAGGUUCUACAGUGGAGCCGCCAGCCACAGAGUCGUCGCCACCAACAACGACAGAUCAAACAGAUUCCACAACAGAUUCUGCAUCAGAAUCCAGCACAGAAACCACAAGAGAGCCAUCCGAGACAACAGAAACCACGGAAUCCACGGAAUCCACAGAAACCACAACAGGAGAGCCAUCAGAAUCGACAGGAACCACAGAAUCAGAAUCUAGCGAAACUACAGACUCGACAACAGGAGCGUCAUCCGAUUCCACAUCAGAUUCCUCAUCAGAUUCCUCAUCAGGUUCCACAACGGAUUCCACAUCGGAUUCCACAACGGAUUCCACAUCGGAUUCCUCAUCAGGUUCCACAACGGAUUCCACAUCGGAUUCCUCAUCAGGUUCCACAACUGAUUCCACAUCGGAAUCCUCAUCAGGUUUCACAACGGAUUCGACAUCGGAAUCCUCAUCAGGUUCCACAACAGAUUCCACAUCAGAUUCUUCAUCGGAUUCCUCAUCAGGUUCUUCAUCAGAUUCCACCACAGAAACCUCGACGCCAACGGUAUCAGGAUCCAGCGAAUCCUCCAUACCAUCCUCAUCGGGAUCUACAGAAUCCUCAACAGCAGCGUCAACAGGAUCCUCCGAGAUCACUUCAACAUCCACAUCAUCAGGAUCCAGUGAACCAACCGAAUCCUCAUCGGCAAAACCAUCGGAAAGCACGGAUAUCCCAACUGAGAGCACGACAACAACGGAACGCCCAAGUGUCGUAAAUCCUGGCAAGUUGGAGAAUAUUCAGAUGGCCCUGCAACAGGCGGCAUUACCUGGUGGUAUACGCUCCGGUCGCGCUCGCCGCUCCCUGGCUGCCCAGGCAGCCGAUCAGCUGAUACGCAACUAUCGCUCCUACGAGCUCAACGGACGCGCCACCGAUUACCGUACAACGGCCUGCUACAGCAUCGAAAAGAAUGGCGAGAUUCAGCGCGGCUGUGUUUGGAUACCCGAGGGUCAAUCCGGCUGCCAGGCGGUGCGUGAUAAGGUCGACCUGCCUGAGAACUCUGUCAAUGAUCUCUGCGAUGUCUGUCAAACGGAUAACUGUAAUGGCAGCGCCAGUCUGCGCAUGUCCUUGGCAGCGCUGCUGCUCCUGCUGGGCCUCGGCUUGAGGAGCCUCUUCUAGACCAUUCGGAUGCUCUGCUAAUGUUUACUUUGUAUUAUAUAUAUAUAUUAUAUAUGCCUAUUUUUCGCUAAGUGAUUUGUAUUUGUACUCGUAACGAAAUUCAAGAAGAAAUUAAUAACUGGAAUUAUAUUAAAACAAAAAUUGUCAAAAA